GGCAGAGCAACUAUCCUAACUUAGAAACGAACUGCUACCCCAUGCGCGCUUAUGAAAAGCAACUUGGUAUCUGCAGUAAAUGAACAGUUUCUUUGGCAUUUAAAUUUUUUCAUUGGAGGGAUUGUACGUACAGCAAUGGCUUAUGAAGAAAACAUACCCUCUUUGAGGGUAGAGGUGGAACGUCUAAGAGCUGAGCUGCAGGAGGCCAAUGACGAAAAGGUGCAGGCUGCUCAAUAUGGCCUAGCAGUACUAGAGGAAAAUUCAGCUGUGAAACAAAGGUUUGCAGAACUAGAAGCUGAACAUGAGACGCUGAAGCAUGAACUUGAGCAAAUUAAGGAAGAAUGUGAGCUUAUUGAAAACGAGAAGGCUCAACUUCGUGAAGACCUUAAACAAAGUAAAGUUAGAGAGAUGAGACAACUGCAAGACUUUGCUGAGUUAGAGGAAGAGAAUAUAACUUUGCAGAAGCAAGUAUCAAGCUUGAAAGAAAGCCAGGUUGAGUUUGAGGGAGUAAAACAUGAACUUAAACAGAGAGACGAAGAAAUUGAAAUUCUGAAUGGAGAGCUGGAGGAAAUAAAGAGACUGAGAGACCUCGCAGAACAUCAACUGGAGGAGGCACUGGAGAGCCUGAAGAGUGAAAAGGAGCAGAAAAACAAUAUUCGUAAAGAACUCUCUUACUACACCAGUACUUACGAUUCCAUUGGGAACUUGCAGGGGAAUCUGGAGGAGCUCAGUCCAUGUGAAGAGAGUGUUGAGAAUCUGGAUGAGACAGACAGUGGAUACAGCCAUGGUGGAUUUGGUAAAUUAAAAGGAGAAAUUAGGAUGUCAACUCCUCGGAAUAGUGACAUUUAUCAUCCUGGUCCCAGCCUGGUAGCAGACCUGUUUAGCGAACUUAGUUUAUCUGAAAUACAAAAGCUCAAACAACAACUUAUGCAGGUUGAGCGUGAAAAGACUUCCCUCUUGAAUAAAGUGCAAGAAUUGCAACGACAGCUGGAUAGUGCCAUGGAAACUGUAUUAUCUCAGCAAGAUAAAAUGAACAAACUGUCUGAGGAACUACAGACUGUAAAACUCAAGGAUUGUAAAGAGGUGGAUUUUUUAGAGGUGACUGCUAAUGAAAUGCAGUUUUUAGAUUCCAAGUAUAGAUCUGGUAGUGCUGAAGGUGUUCAUUUAAAAAAUGAAGGCAAGGAAGCAAGCAUUACAUGUACUGAACAUGAAGUUUGCCAGCAAGAGCAAAGAAGGUGGGAAAGAGAGGCCAAAGAACUGCUGGAAAAAGUUAACCAGUGUAUGCGAUCUUCCAGAUCUGAUCAGGAGACUAUUGCUAAACUUGAGAAAGAACUAAGGGCUGUAAAAAGAGCAUAUACUAAUUCGCAGGGGAGUUUGAGCAUGGCACAAGACCAUCUUGUUUCUUUAAGUGAGGAACUGGCCACAUUAUAUCAUCAUAUUUGUAUGUGUAACAAUCUCACACCUAAUCUUGUGAUGCUAGAUUAUUACAAAGAAGGACGAGGAUUUAGGGGACAGUUAAGAAAACGGAAGUCCUCUGAUCUGUUUGGGAAACUUCUAUUUAGUUCUGAACAUAGUGUUUUAGAAAAUAGUAGUGGUGACCUUUCACCUCUAAGCUGCCCAUCUUCUCCAGGAUCUGAUUAUGGGGACAGUAACAAAGAACCAAUGAAUAUUAGUAAUCUUACAGCUGUCAUUCGAGAUCAAAUAAAACAUUUACAAGAAGCAGUAGAGCUUUCAAGACAGUGUGGUAUGACUCCAGGAAGAGCAGUGGAUAUGGAGCAGGACAAAGAAGCUCUUUUAGAGGAACUAAUGAAAUUAAAAUCCUUGCUAAGCACCAAGAAAGAGCAAAUUGCAACACUGAGAACUGUUUUAAAGGCAAAUAAACAGACUGCUGAAGUUGCACUGUCAAACCUAAAGAGCAAGUAUGAUAAUGAAAAGGCCUUAGUAACUGAAACAAUGGUGAAGCUUAGAAAUGAACUGAAAGCACUGAAGGAGGAUGCUGCUGCUUUUUCAUCUUUGCGGGCUGUAUUUGCUAGUAGAUGUGAUCAGUAUGUCUCUGAACUAGAAGAGAUGCAGCGCCAACUUGCAGCAGCUGAAGAUGAGAAGCGGACAUUGAAUUCCUUACUUAGGAUGGCUAUUCAACAGAAACUGGCUUUGACUCAUCGUCUAGAGAGCUUAGAAUCACAUCCUGAGUCACCUAGAACUAAUCGUGCUAAGCCAUCACCAAACAGGACUAGAACGCCUAAAACAAGCCCGAGGUGAAAAAUUUGUGGAAAAUACAACAGAAAUUUAAUUUCUUCAAGAGCAUAACCGUGGUACCAGAAUCUGAGUGGAAGAUAACUUGUGUAACCUCAUUUGCAGCCCUUGGAGCAAAUUCACUAAUGCUGAAUGUCAAAGUUGCACUGGACUUUUAUAGUUUGGAUCACCAAAAAUGAAGCAGGUUUCAACACAAGGCACAACACUGUGUGGAGUUAGUGUUCUUACGAUAAACAUUUUCAUUAAAAAGUUUUAAUUUUAAGACUUAAUUUUAUAGUCUAAUCGCACUGUAUGACGAACCAGUAUUAUUGUAAAGAUGUAAGAGAAUGUAAAAAAAUGUACGUUUGAUUUUUGCGAGUGCAAAUCUUUGCCAAGUGGUCAGCAGCAAGCUGCUAAACCUGAAAAUGUACACUUUUAUGUAUAUAGGUCACCAGCUGGCUUCUGGGGAUCUAAUUCUGGUUUUGUAAAAGUGUUAAGGGUGGGGUUUUGUAUAUAUUUAUGACUGAAGCCAUUACUGUUGAUGUGCAGCAGCUCUCGCAUCUUCGGUUUAUAAAGGACUGAGCUGCAGAUCUGAGUGGGCUGGACAACCUCAGGGGGUGGGGGCAGAAGGUGACAGUGUUGUGUAGCAAGAAAAAAUAUAUUUUUAUGUGUUCUGUCACUGCUUAUUAAAGGAAAAUACUGGUGUGCAAUCA